UUUGGUUAAAAUACAGUCAAAACUAUUAAACGUAAUGUUUGAUGGUUAUUGUAAAUAGUAAAUGCUAAUUUCACUAAGUUGCUUUGCUACUGUGACGGUACCUUUUAUCGGUUCAUUCCGUGGAGCAGAUAAUAGAUUUUGUAAAAAUCCAUGUCGGGAUUUGCUGUCUUUCCCUCAAAUUAACUGUAAUGGUAAAAUAUAUAUAAAGCUGCCUCGCGCGGUGUCUCUCCGCAUCCACGCACAGUACAAGAGCCAAUCAGGCGACAGGGAGCGUGCGCGAUAGGAGCCAAUCAGACGACAGGGAGCGAGCGCACAUAGCCAUAACCCCGCUGUCUGUCACCAGCUGAGAGAGUGACAUAGAGUGACAGUGAGAGAGAGUGGAAAGACAGAAGAGAAGAGAGAAACGGAGGGAGGAGUGAACGGUCCAAACACACACAGAUACACCGGCCCUGGAGUGAAGUAAAGAAGGGGAGAAGGACGCAGAGUGACAGACAGGCGGUAACUGAAAUUCUAGGCAAACCAAAGCGUCGAUAUGAGCGGCCACUUUGAGGACGAGCUCCACGACCGAGGCGAGAGGAAGAGCAGCAAGUCUCCGACCCUGCUCUCCUCUUACUGCAUAGAGAGCAUUCUGGGCCGCCGAAGCCCUUGUAAGGUCCGGCUGAUAGGAGCCCAAAGUUUGUCAAGUCUACCGGGGAGAGGGGAGCUGGAUAAAGCCGCCGACGGGCCAACGAAAGACCCGCUGUCCCUCACAGCUGCUGACAUCCACCUGCCACCAAAGCUGCGCCGCCUGUACGGACCCAGCGGCGGCAAGUACCUUCACGAGCACACGGUGAAGCUGGACAGAGAGCAGCGGCUCCUCCUGGAGCAAGCCGGCGACGGCCUCAAAAUCAGCCAGGCUCCGCAGGUGAGCAUCAGCCGCAGCAAGUCAUACCGGGAGAACGCGUCCCUGAGCCGGGGCGGAGAGGGUGACCAGAGCGCGGAGGAGGGCUCCGAGGACGGAAGCCUGGGUUUAGUGGAACUGGGCCCGCUGAAAUUCGAGGAGGCCGGUAAAGAGGCAGUGGAGAGCUGCGCGGACGCGGCUGCACUGUCCCCGAAGGACGAGGAGAGGGAGAGUUUGAACGCCGGAGAUGGGGACGUGAGGGACGGGGAGGACAGUGUGUGUCUGUCGGCGGGCAGUGACUCGGAGGAAGGGAUGCUGAAAAGAAAGCAGAGAAGAUACAGGACGACGUUCACCAGUUAUCAGCUGGAGGAGCUGGAGAGGGCUUUCCAAAAGACGCACUAUCCCGACGUGUUCACCAGAGAAGAGCUCGCAAUGCGUCUGGAUCUCACGGAGGCCCGUGUUCAAGUCUGGUUCCAGAACCGCAGAGCCAAGUGGAGGAAGCGUGAAAAGGCUGGAGUACAGGCCCAUCCUUCAGGUCUGCCCUUUCCUGGACCCCUAGCAGCGGGUCACCCUCUCAGCCACUACCUAGAGGGAGGCCCUUUUCCUCCCCAUCCUCACCCAGCUCUGGAGUCGGCCUGGACUGCAGCUGCAGCCGCAGCCGCAGCAUUCCCAGGUCUGGCCCCACCACCUCACAACGGCGCUGCUCCACCUCUGGCCACACCACUCGGCCUGGGCACCUUCCUGGGCACGGCUGCCAUGUUUCGCCACCCCGCCUUUAUAGGACCCACCUUUGGCAGGCUCUUCUCCAGUAUGGGUCCCCUGACCAGUGCUUCCACGGCUGCAGCUCUCCUCCGUCAGCCUGCUCCUCCUGUAGAGAACCCUUCCCACACGGGGCCUGUUCUCCCUGACCCUUCUACUUCUUCAUCCUCAACCUCUUCCUCAGUCGCAGCAGACCGCAGGGCCUCCAGUAUCGCCGCGCUGCGCCUCAAGGCCAAGGAACACUCGGCUCAGCUCACCCAGCUGAACAUCCUGCCCACCGGAGCUGCAGGGAAGGAGGUGUGCUGAACUGCCAAACCCUACCACUGUCCCAGGCUGAUUUCCCAUUCCAUGAAACCUCCACUGUCCACCUUUCUCAAAAACCCACCCAGACGCCUGGAGCACGAUGUCCCUAGUGUCCAAACACCCCCAUUACCUCACAAAUCCCCAACAAAAUAGCACGACCAAAAUGAAAAGAGCACUGACUCAGAAAAGAAUGUGUUUGUGUAUGUGUGUCAUGAAGAUAUUAUUCCUACACUAUAGCUCCAAAACAAAACCAUAAUUUACAUAAUGAACUCUUCACAUCAUCAAUUCAACCAUACAAUACCAUUUAUUUUUGUGACAUUAAUCCAAAAUAAUACAAUUAGUAAAAGUCUUUGCUAUUAUUGCCAAACACACACACACACAUAUAUAUGUAGUUAUAAAUGAUAUAUGCUGCAUUAAAUUUCAUUUAUUUCCCAGCUAUUAAAUAUUGAGACACCAAAAAUUGGAAACACAUUAAUUCCAGGUUUUGCUUGAUUUUUUUAAGCACAAGCAAAAAAUAUUAAACAUUAAAAAAUAUCCUUGAUUUAUUCAAUUAACUCACACACAGAUUGGUAAACAGUCAAUUAUUACACUCUCGCAGUGUCCACUUUGAAAAAUUUCAAAAAAAAAUAUUAUUUAUUAUUUGACAUUUGGUUUAUGUCAAAAUAAUUGACAAUAAUUCUUGUUGCACAACCAUUUACAAUUAUAUAUAGAAUUCUGUACAGUAACAACCCAUUUUCUUGUGGGAAAUAAAAGCAUUGCAUCACAUACACACACACACACACAAAUAUGCAGGGAGCCCCCAGACAUUUUUUUUCCUGUUAUGCCACUAUAGAGGUGGGCAGCAAGUGCAGAGCUCAACAUGAAACGCUGCAUCAUCUGAAUGCAUGGAUGUGAGCAGAUCCAGUCUGCGUCUGUAACUAAGAUGUGUUGGGUCUUUUUUCCCCACCAAGAGCCAAAGGAAACCAGUCCAUAGACCUUCCAUAGCCUGACUCCGUCUCCACUCUGAGACGUUUCUCUAACGACACACCUGUGUGAAGGACAACUGUACAUACUGUAUAAAAAAAGUACAACAAAAAAGGAUGAUUUUCAAAAAAAAAAACCUAAUAACAGGGUCAUGUAUAUUUGAGGAGACCACAUUGUGAUCAUUUGCACUCAGUGAAGUGUUCAAAUGAAUGUUGCCCUGUGUAGAAUUUUACCUGUGUUUAUGAAUUAUUAGACUUUUAGAAUCUUAUUUAUGUCCAGAAAAAAAUUCCCCUAAAGAAACUGAGUGAAGGUCAGUUUCACCUCCUUUUCUUUUCUCUCUUUCUUCCGUUCUCAUUACGUGUACGUUUCCUGGUUUAUUAAUGCUAAUUUGAAUAAAUAACACUGGUAACGUGAGUUAUCUUUUAUUACUGCAAGUUCCUGAAGGACUGACCCACAGGCCUGAACCAGGAAGAGAAAACGAUGUGAAAUAGAAUAUAAUAGAACUAUAAAUAAAACUGUGUUAUGAAGCUA